AUGCAAACUACCUGUGUAGCUCAAAAAUCGCUCGAUGAGAGUCCUGUCGCUCUUCAGGCUUCACCUCGUGCCCAGUCAGAUAUACGUCCGUCUUUGAAUCCUCCUGCAGGCUUGUUGUUAGAAAAAUGGAACCAGCCUCGUGUCAACAUUCAUAGGACCUUUGCCACGUUCUGGUCAUUCCUAGUCAUGGGUGCUAAUGAUGCAGCCUAUGGCGCCGUAAUUCCAUAUCUAGAAUCAUACUACCACCUAUCAUACACGAUUGUGUCUCUCGUUUUCUUGUCGCCUCUGGUAGGCUAUACAGUCGCUGCUUUUCUCAAUCACCGCAUCCACUAUACGCUAGGUCAACGCGGUGUGGCCAUUAUCGGGCCAGCGUGUCACCUCAUUGCCUAUGUUAUCAACUGCAUUCAUCUACCGUACCCGGUGUUAGUGGUCGCAUUUGUUUUUGCGGGGUUGGGAAAUGGCCUAGAGGAUGCAGCAUGGAAUGCAUGGAUUGGUAACAUGGCCAAUGCAAAUGAGGUGUUGGGAGUGCUGCAUGGGAUAUAUGGAGCUGGUGCAGUGAUGAGUCCGUUGGUUGCAACAUCGAUGAUUGCCAAGGGCGGUCUGCCAUGGUAUUACUUUUAUUAUGUCAUGAUCGGAUGUGCGGUUAUCGAAUUGCUGCUUUGUAGCGUAUGCUUCUGGAAAUCAACCGGAGCCAAUUUCCGCGCAUCCAAUGUACCAUCGGCGGAUGAGAACAAAAAAAGUGGUUUGAAAGAUGCAUUUUUUAAGCGUCCAGCUGCCCGAGUGACCUGGCUCUGCGCAUUGUUCUUGCUGGGAUACGUCGGAGUGGAGGUGGCGCUGGGAGGGUGGAUUGUUACUUUUAUGAUCCGAGUCCGACAAGGUAGUGCUUUUGCUAGCGGUAUGACGGCUACUGGGUUCUGGUUGGGGAUCACGGUUGGACGGGUAGUCUUGGGGUUUGUGACGCCCCGAGUGGGCGAGAAAGUUGCAAUUUCGACAUACAUUGUUCUCUCUAUGGCAUUUGGUUUGGUCCUAUGGCUUGUGCCCGAGUUCUAUGCGUCGGCCAUGGCAGUGUCUCUGCAAGGCUUCUUUCUCGGCCCCCUUUUCCCGGGUGCAGUUGUGAUGGUUACCAAGCUUCUUCCUCGGCACCUACAUGUCGCCUCGAUAGGGUUUGUCGCUGCUUUUGGGGGUAGCGGGGCCGCAAUUCUCCCUUUUGCGGUCGGUGUGCUUGCACAAGCCAGGGGCGUGAAAGUGCUGCAGCCAUUUAUCAUUGCGCUGUCUGGUGUCAUUCUCAUCACGUGGCUGGGAUUGCCGCGGGUGUCUAAGGUCAGGCACAAUGAAUAG